CCACUGGCACAGUUAAUCCCGAACCAGAGAGCGGACCAGGAUUAGCUCCGAAAAUUAGUUAAUCAUGGAUUUAACCACCUUCGCAUUUUUGGGGUUACCCACGAUCAUUCAAGAAUAUGCGGAGUUCUACAGACAACGCGAUUUGGCCGCCACGCUAAAAGAACUCGAACCCCUGCAAGGACUACCGAAAAUUGAAGAGUAUGAUUUUAUUGUGGUUGGGGCUGGAACGGCGGGAAACAUUGUCGCGGGCAGAUUAUCGAAUAGAUUUAGCGUCCUCUUACUCGAAAUGGGGGGCGACCCACCUCCCUCCAUUUAUCCCGCGUAUAUCGGGUCCAUCCAGUCUUACGAUAUGAGAACAAAUCCCGCAAUCAAUGAAAUCUACAAGUCGAUACCGCAAUCAACCUCCGCGUUGGAUGAUAAUGGGAUUGCCACUGUCCACGCCGGUCGAAUGCUGGGUGGUUCAGGUUCCCACAAUUCGAACGUGUACAACCGGGGUUCUCCGCUGGAUUUUGACUACUGGGCGAAACUGCUCGGUGACCAGACUUGGGAUUAUAAAAAUAUGUUGAAGCAUUUCAAAGAUUCAGAAAAUUUCGUGGGGCAACUGGUCAACGAGCGGCAACGCUUCGAGUAUUACGGACAAAUCGGACCCCUCAGGGUGGACGUGGAUGUUCCCGACUUUUUGGAAAACUGGAGUAAGGCUGCAAAGGAACUUGGGUACAACUUUAGUGAUCCGAACGCCCAUCAAACACCUUCAUUUACUGCUCAAUCGGUUUCCCUUCGCAAUGGGUUGAGGGAGUCCACUUAUGACGCCUUUGUUAAGAAGAAGGUUCUUUGGCAACCCACAAUUCACAAGUAUUCACAAGCCCACAAGAUUUUGAUUGAUAACAACAACAACGCUUACGGAGUUGCUUAUACUCGUCACGGAAUCCCAUGUAUUGCUCAUGCCAAGAGAGAAGUUAUUGUUUCCGCGGGGGCAUUUGGGUCCCCCAUCCUCCUAACCAAAUCUGGCAUCGGGCCAGCAGAUGUCCUUCAGGCUGCUAAAAUUCCCGUCAAGAAAAAUAUGCCCGGCGUCGGUAAAAACCUUUGGGAUCACGUCAUGCUUGUCCUCACCUUCCGCCGAAACGACCCCACCUAUCGCGACCCCAAUUUCGAAGAGGAACUCAAAAAAUUCCAAAGCAAUCCAAAUAAUCGCCAAGGCUACCUCGCUCAUCAGCGCAGAACUCAAGCCUUCGCGGUUUCCGCGCGCGCUAAAGCGGACGGCGAAGGAGACUGGGGAGACCUCCAAGUCCAAAUGAUUGACCAACCCUUCAUCGAAUCAAAUCCAGGUGGUGCUGUUUGGGAGUGCAGUUUAUCCCGCCCAAAAAGCGUGGGUGAAUUCCUCUUCAAUACGACCGCCUAUCUCGCCGGGGAAACUGCGAAUGGGAAAUUGGGCCUCAGCAAUUUCAAGUAUUUUAGUGAUCCGACCGACAUGGACGCACUUAUCGAGGGGAUUAAUCUUGCCAUUCAGAUUAUGGAGGGGACACAAGCCUUCAAAUCGGGCGGGUACAAGUUGGACGAGUCUUUUAUUCCCCAGGCUUGUCGGGGAUUGCCCAGGAGGUCGGCGGAUCAGUGGAAGUGUACCCUUCAAAGGUUGGGGGGCACGCAGUGGCAUUGGUCGGGAACUUGUAAGAUGGGGAAGGACAGUGAUCCCAUGGCGGUGGUUAAUUCGAAAAUGCAGGUUAAUGGGAUUAACAAGUUGCGAGUCAUCGAUGCGAGUGUGAUGCCCAAGGUGACAAACUCUAACUUGAACGCGGCCACGAUGGCGGUUGCACAGAAAGGGGUGACAGAAAUAUUAAAUAAGAAUCCCUUCCGAACUAAUGCAGAGAGUAGGGAGAUAUAAAUAUUUAUAUUUAGUCACUUAUUUACAUACAUUGUUAAAUUUGGCUACAAUUAUUGUUCAGCAUUGAUUUAAAGUUAAUUAGGAAAAAUUGUGCAAAUAUUUAUUUAAUAAAAUUUUAAAUCUCUAUCGUACUACCAAAA